AUGACAUCCUUCCUCUCAUACAUCCCGCUAGUCAACCGACUGGUGAGAGCGGCGCCCACUACCAUCGAUCUUCCUCCCGUCGAGGUUCACAAUGUGGAAGCAGACCCGGACAAGAGGCCGCGCACGUUGAAGCAUCUUCUGAAGGCCAACCAUGUCAAUCACUCCAUUCUGUACCACAAUCUCGAAUUCGACAACCACAUGGCGCACAUUCUGUGCUCAUCAUAUCUGCUCGGCGCAGAAUCACAACACUUGUAUCACAUAUUCGAAGUGGAAGCCAAAACCCUCGAGCCGUGGAAAGAUUCCCCUGCAGAGAUGGGCGAGGAAGACUGGCGUGAUUUCCUCGGAGACAAAAGAUACCAAAGAGCUUUUGUAGACUUUUUCGAGGAUGCCUUGGCGAUGAAGCACGCGUAUAAGUGGAAGGGUGUAGUGGAGGAGUACAUGUUCUCCGGAGAUGAGCCCCUCGUCAAUGGUCUUGUUGGCGGUCUCGGUCACCCCCUCAUCCACCUUGGCUACGCCUACGAGUUCGACAGUCGCGAGAUCGCCACAGAGGCCCUCGGUCUUGCCUCUACACAAUACAACUAUCUCCACAGAUACCUCGACGACCCAACCUACACCGUCAAACCAACCACCUCAUCCACUCCCUUGGAGCUCCUGAACAAGCUCUCCAACGACACCCGCUUCGACAAUCUCUUCAAAACCCCCGCCUUCUCCAACAUCGAAGCCCUCUUCCACAGCAAAGAAUCCGAAGCCUUGGUGCUGGAGUACUGGAAUGCCUGGGACAUCACCUCCUCUGCCUGCUCCCCAGCAGAACAAUUCCAGCUCUCACAAGAAGCCGCUGUCCAGCUUUUAGUAGCAACCGUUGCCCCGGGAACACACUCUUACAACUUCUUUCUGGUGCACGUUCUAACCACCAGCCACGCCGUGAGAGUUCUCUUGCCGUUCAUUCCGGCGAAAUUCCAUGUCAGCAUUGUGAGACAGUGGUGGUUGUUGGCCUUGGCGGCGUAUAUUGCUGUCUUGAGACCGAAGAUCGACGUGGAUUAUGUGCCUGGGGAGGGGGAGCUGAAGGGGAAGGGGUGGAAGUAUGUUGAGCAUAAGGCUUUGACGGGGGAGUGGGCUACUGAUGCGCAUUAUGUCAAGGCCAUCCGGGCGAUGAGGGAAGCGGCGAGGACUUGGGGGGAUGUUCAUGAGAAGUAUUUGGCUGCUGCUGUGAGGUUUAGUGAUGAUUUUGAGGGGUGGUUUUGA